AUUACUCUGUAUGGGAGAAGAAGACAUUCAUCAUUUGCUUUUUCGGAACCAAAAUAUUGGAAUUAUUGAGAAGCAUCAUGCAGUAAUCAUGUUCAAUCCAUCUCCUUACCGGACAGUUCAAGAAUAUAUGGAAAGAAUAACACGCCAGACUUCAAAAAGUCAACCACAACAUAUGGCAACCAUUCACAACAUACUUGAAUAUACUUUUGUUUUACAAGUUUCGUUCCUUUCAGAACUUCCAUCCAACUAUGCAAGCUCUGUUGUUGACUUGAAUGUCAGUAGGUAUUUUGUAGAAAAUAAACAAGACACACACAAUUUACAUUACACUUCCAUUAUCAGGGAUGUGCUUCAGAUGUUGCUUUACACAAAUAAUAACAGUUCUUCUUGUCCUAACACAGAGACAUUGAAAAAAUCUCUACAACAGAUAGCAUUUCGAUCUCCUGCUGGGUGGAUAUUAUUUGGUAAAGAAAAUCUAGUACACUUUGAAUACAAAUUAUACGAUUUUAAUCCAUCAUCACAAGAGUUUGAACUUGUUCUACAACUGAGCCCAUAUGGAUCAAACUAUAAACUGGUACUGAAUGUUAUUCAAGCAAUAUUCUGGCCAAAUGGAUUAAAAAUUUACCCAGAUCCUUGUUUCAAAACAAAGGAGAACUGUAUAGAAUCAGAUGUGAGUCCACUUCUGAUAUCAUUGAUAUCCACUUCUGUGAUUGGUGUGGUUUCACUUAUAUGUUUGCUCUAUAUGAUGAUUCGACGUUAUUUCCUGCAGAGGCAAGUUGAGAAAGGCCCAAAUAAGAUUGUACUACACAACGAUGACUUAAUCUUUGUUCACCGGAAAAAAAGCACAAAGAUACCAAAGAGUACAACAUUAUUUGGAAAACCAGAUCUUCUACGUGGUUCAGAGCCUUCUAAUUCAAUGUCAACCUUAAAUGAGAUUUCCGAGUUUUCUGAGACAGCCAGAUACAACGGAGACAUGAUCUACGUAAAAGACUUGAAAAUUAAACAUUCUGAUAUGAAAAGCCGGCCUAAAUUAAUGAGCCAUCUAAAAUUGCUCCGAGAACUUCGACAUGAAAAUUUAAACCCAUUUAUUGGGUUCUUAAAUGAUCCAGCAAGACCUUCAUUUAUUACAGAAUAUUGUACAAGAGGAAGUUUGGAGGAUGUUAUAUGUAACUUCGAUAUCAAGCUUGACUGGGAAUUCAAACUUUCCUUGUUAACAGAUCUUGUCAGGGGCCUACGUUACAUUCAAAGCUGUCCACUGAGGUAUCAUGGUAAUUUGAAGUCUCGGAAUUGUGUUAUUGAUAGCCGCUGGGUGUUAAAGAUCACAGAUUAUGGAAUCCCCGGCAUGCUAGAAGGUGGGAAGGCUGACAGGAAUCUCACAGCAGAAGAUAUGCUUUGGUUUGCUCCAGAAGUCCUUCGAAAUAUGAAUUCUAAAGGACGAUGGUUAGAUAAAAGUGAUGUGUACAGUUUAUCAAUAAUAAUGCAGGAAAUAAUUCUAAGAAAUACCCCCUACUCCAGCCAUGGCCUUUCAGCUGAAGAAAUAAUACAAAAAGUAAAGAAACCACCACCAUUAAUACGGCCAUCGGUCUCACCACAAGCUGCUCCACCACACUAUAUUCAGCUAAUGAAACAAUGUUGGGCUGAAAAUCCAGAUAUGCGUCCAGAUAUUGAAAGUAUAUAUCAUCAAUUUAAAGAGUUUAAUAAUGGAAGGAAACAAAAUUUUGUUGACACAAUGUUUAAAAUGCUAGAAAAAUAUUCAACAGAUUUAGAAGACAUUGUACGAGAAAGAACAAUGCAACUGGAAGAGGAGAAAAAGAAAACUGAUGAACUUUUAUACCGAAUGUUACCAUCAUCAGUUGCUGAGUGCUUAAAAUGUGGAAGAAGAAUUGAAGCAGAAAACUAUAGUGAUGUCACAAUCUACUUCAGUGAUAUUGUAGGUUUUACUUCCAUCUCAGCAAUGAGUACAGCCAUGGAAGUUGUUAACAUAUUAAAUGAACUUUAUACAAUGUUUGAUGCGACCAUAGACAAUUAUGAUGUAUAUAAGGUGGAAACAAUAGGGGAUGCUUAUAUGGUUGUAAGCGGUCUUCCAGAACGUAAUGGAAUAAAACAUGCCGGUGAAAUUGGCACAAUGGCAUUAGAUCUUUUGUACCAAUGUGGCAACUUACGAGUUAACCAUUUGUGGAAUAUGCCUUUGCUCCUGAGAAUUGGAUUACACACCGGCCCAUGUGCAGCCGGUGUGGUAGGGUUAAGAAUGCCAAGGUACUGUUUAUUUGGUGACACUGUUAAUACAGCUUCACGCAUGGAAUCCACAGGACUACCUUUCCGGAUACACUUGAGUGGUUGUACAAAAGCCAAGCUUGAUGAACUUGGGGGCUAUAAAUUUAAAUAUAGAGGAGAAGUCGAACUGAAGGGUAAAGGAAUAGCAAACACAUACUGGCUUGUUGGUAAAGAAGGAUUUGAUAAGAAGCUGCCAGCUGAUCCAACAAAAAGCAUGUCAGGAAUGAGUUCUAGUCAACUAAUUGAAGAACUGAUGAGAAUCUCGAAGGAAGCUGCUGAGAAAGAAGAACAGAUGGCAGCAAGUAAUAAAGCUGUACCAGUUGUAAUCGAGAGUCCAACAAGCAAUACAGCUGAAACUUCUCCAGUUGCAAGUAAUACUCGUUCUGAUGUGUCAAAGACAUCUCCGACUGUAUCCCAUCAAAUUUUUACCAAUGCAUCAGUUCAUGAUGAUGGAAGAGAUCUCGUUGCUAUUCACACUCGUACAGGGUCGCAAAAAGGAACCUCAUUAUUCAAUGAUCUAGAGUGUUUGGACACACGGCCUAUUGCCAGAAACACAAGCUAUGCCACUGGUAUUUGUAAAAGUUGGGGAAAUAUAACAAAAGUUGAUAAUAUGGCCUUGCACAGUGGUGACAGAAUGCAGACUCCAGGUAUUGUAAAAUCUGCACUCCGGCGAAUAAGUUCACAUAAGUUUGACAAAAGAGAAUCAAAGCUUGCCUUACCAAGGAGAGGAAGUACUCCUAAAGCAACAGACGGUCUUGAGUUGAAAGUAGUGCUUUCCAAAUCUGAUCAGAUAUUUCACCCUGACACUCUAAGACCUGUCUUCACACAUAAAGGUGGAAGUUUUCGACGAGUUGAUCCAAUAGAUACUAAGUUUUCAUGUAGUAACAAGGACAAAAAUAACAGCAUGUUAAAGAAUACUAAGCCUUCAAUUGAACCUGAAAAGCACAAUACAAAAGAGAUGUUGCUUAUAUCAAGAGAUGCUUCUCGAAAAUGUGCAUCUGAUCAACCAAUUGCAGAUACAGGACGAUCACAUUCUAAGAAAGAGACUCGUAAAAUAAAAGCUCUGGACACAACUGCAGUUUUCCCUGUUGAAACUAUUAGUGUCAUCAGUAAACCAGAACUGUUUGAACAGAAAGAUACAUCCCCAAAGAAGUCCAGCCCCCUAAAACAUGAUAAAAAUGAAGAAAAUAUGGCUGGAGAUAUUUGUAAUUUUUCAAAUCCUAAAGUUUGAAUGUCAUUGUUGGUCGUUGGUUUCCAAUACACAGACAUACACAGUUUUUCCUAAUAAUUGUUUGAAUUGUUUCCCUUUUUACCAUUGUUGUUAUUCAGUAAUAAAGUCAGGUUUCAUACAGGAAUUUCCAACUAUUCAAGGCGGUGCUCCAGCAUGGCCACAGUCAAAUGACUGAAACAAGUAAAAGAAUAAAAGAAUAUCUGGAAAAGGCAGUUAUACAUAUCAAAAUGGAUCAUAUGAAGAAAAAUAUUUGUGGUAAAAGAAAUCCAUUAUAAAAAAAUGCUAAGAACUUGAGACAAAAACCAUUUCCCAUACUUAAUGUUAAAGAGAUUUUACUUCUUCAUUAGAGUUUUUGAUCAGUGUU